ACAAAGUUCAACACAACUGUCAUUCACGUGUGUAUCAAAACAUAGGCUAAACAUUGCUUUCUAUUAACCAUUUCAGUUGUUGCCUACGAAAUUGAAUUUGCUGUGUAAAGAAAAUUGACGGGACGGAAAAUUAUGGCUGAACAGUACAAAAUAAUUCAUCCCAUCAAAUAUUAUCGGAAUUACAUAGCCCAUGAUAUUCGGCCCGACGGCAGAGAGUUUGAAGCAUUUCGACCCAUUCGAAUAAACGCCAAAUCCAUUGGAACGGCCGAUGGAUCAGCUAUCGUUAAGCUAGGCAAUACAACCGUCAUCUGUGGCAUCAAAGCGGAAUUAUCCGCGCCAAGUGUUGAGGAGCCAGAGAAAGGAUUUCUUAUUCCAAAUAUUGACUUGACGCCACUGUGUUCGCCAAAGUAUCGAUCAAACAACACAAACGAUGAUGCUCAGGUGUUGACGUGUAAUUUGAAUGAUCUGAUUAAAGAUGCUAACUGGAUCGAUCUGAAGCAAUUGUGCAUAGCUAGAGAGAAACUCGUGUGGACACUGUUUUGCGAUAUCACAUGCCUUGACUAUGAUGGAAGCAUUUUGGAUGCGUCGGUGGUCGCACUGUGUGCAGCGUUGAGAAGUUUGACAUUGCCAAAAAUACAGUUUGACCUGGAAACCAACAACUACACAGUGCACAAAACAAUACGGGAACCACUGGAUUUGUCUGAUGCGUGCCCCGUCUGUACGACAGCAAUGAUUUUUGAUGAAAAAACGGUAUUCGCUGAUCCAGACGCUGAAGAAGAAGAGUUGGCCACAUCGUUAAUAACAAUCGGCACAUGCAAUGGUGAAAUGUGCCUCGUGCUGAAGCCGGGUGGUGUUUCAAUAAGCGAUAAACAAUUCGAAGCAUGUCUAAAGCUGGCGCUGAACCGUGAAAAGUCCAUUUGUGAAUUGAUUUCAUCGAUUUUAGAGGAAAAAUAAGCGAAUAAAAAUAGAAAACUGAAUUUUAAGCAAAAACAAAACAAACAAAAAUAAACUCCAUGAAAAGAACAAAA